UUCAGCCCCGGCACGGUCGUUCUCUCCCUCAGCUUCCGCCCUCCGCCGCCGCUCUAUAUCCCCCGCCUCCGUCCCCUCCCCUCCCCUCCCCGCCGGCGAGCCCUCGCCUUCCUCCACGCGGCCAGCGCCUAGGUGCUGACGGUUGUUCGCCCCUGCUUCCGUGUGCUGCUGGUCUUGCUUCGCUUCGAUUGGCGAGAGCAUCAUCCAUGGCGGAGGCAAAAGGCAAACCGACGUCCACCAAGAAAGGCAGGAAGGCUGCGGCCAGCGCGGUGGCGGUGGGCGACGACAUCGACUCGCUCAAGUCCGAUGUCGCCUCCUUCGCCUCCUCACUCGGCUUCCUUGGUGCCGCCGCCGCCUCCUCCGGCUUCGACGAUUCUGAUUUCCGCAAGUCCGGCCCCAUAAUUCCUCCCAAAACCUCAAAAUCCGCGCAAACCACCGACGCCCCCCCAAACCCUAAACCCACCACCACCACCACCAAGAAGCCACAUCCUCUUGAUAUCCAUGGCACCAAUGCCACAACCAAAUCAGUAUCAGGUGCUGUCACCACCAAUUACCCGCUGAUGAAGGCAACGGCUCUGUCCGGGCAGUGGUACGCAGAUGCUGGUGAGCUCGAGGCGAGCGUCCUCGGCGCUCGAAAGCAAGUCCUGCCUUCUGUGGGUCUCCAGGAGAUGCAGAGGAUCUCGGAGGGCAAGCGACAGCUGGCGGAGAAGCUUAUGGCGCAGUACACGGUGGAAUAUGACAUGGUGAAGCGGGGUAGCGGCGACCUGAAGCUUCUCGAGAUAUCGGCAAAGUCUGGCACAUCUGCUGAUAAGGUUUCAGCAUUCACAUGCCUUAUCGAAGACAAUCCAAUUGCAAACAUGAGGGCACUCGAUUCUCUCCUUGGUAUGGUUACAUCAAAGGUUGGUAAAAGGUAUGCGUUCACAGGGUUUGAUGCAUUGAAGGAGUUGUUCCUCAAAAGGGUAUUACCUGAUCGUAAGUUGAAAAGUCUUAUUCAGCACCCAUUAGAUAUUUUACCAGAAACAAAAGAUGGCUACUCACUUCUCCUCUUCUGGUAUUGGGAGGACUGCUUGAAACAGAGGUACGAGAAGUUUGUUAUUGCAUUGGAGGACGCAUUAAAAGAUAUGCUGCCAAAUCUUAAGGACAAAGCAAUGAAGACGGUUUUUAUCCUUUUAAAGGAAAAGGCAGAACAGGAACGCCGGUUACUUACAGCUCUUGUUAACAAACUUGGAGAUCCUGAAAGGAGAGCAGCCUCAAGUGCGGCAUAUCUGUUAACAAGUCUCCUAUCUGCUCAUCCAAAUAUGAAGAUGGUUGUGAUAGAUGAGGUGGACUCAUUUCUCUUUCGGCCACAUGUUGGUCUUAGGGCCAAAUACCAAGCUGUCAACUUUUUGAGCCAGAUUUUUCUUACCAGUAAGGGUGAUGGCCCGAAAAUAGCCAAGCGUUUGGUGGAUGUUUACAUUGCGCUUUUCAAGGUACUCAUGUCUUGCUCUCGUGCUACUGAAGGAGUUAAACACAGCAAAUAUGGCAAGAAAACUAAUGAAAAUGGGAAAAAGGAAAAGGGCAAUGACUUCAAUUCUCAUGUAAAGCAUGAAGACCCUUGUGCAGGAUCAGAUUUAGAGAUGGACUCUAGGAUUCUCUCUGCACUUUUAACUGGGGUUAAUAGAGCAUUACCAUAUGUUGCAAGCUCAGAAGUUGAUGAUAUUGUGGAAGUUCAGACACCAAUUCUUUUUAGAUUGGUGCACUCUGUAAAUUUCAAUGUUGGUGUACAGGCAUUAAUGCUUUUGUACCAAAUAUCUACAAAAAAUCAGAUCGCAAGCGACCGUUUUUACCGUGCACUGUAUGCAAAACUUUUGAGUCCUGCAUCCGUAACCUCGUCAAAGCCAGAAUUAUUUCUUGGUUUAUUGGUGAAAGCAAUGAAAAAUGAUGUCAUGUUAAAGAGAGUGGCUGCAUUUGCAAAGCGGUUGCUGCAGGUUGCUCUUCAGCGGCCUCCUCAAUAUGCUUGCGGAUGCCUUUUCAUACUGUCAGAGGUCCUUAAAGCAAAGCCACCAUUGUGGGCAAUUGUGCUCCAGAAUGAAUCUGUUGAUGAUGGUAUUGAGCACUUUGAAGACAUAGUAGAGAAUACUGAUUGUCCAGCUAUUACCUCAAGAACUACAGAUAAAUGCAAUGACAUAUUAGCUACUCUUGAGAAAUGCAAUUCAGAUGCUGAGGAUGCCUGUGAUACUAUAGAAUGUGUAAGUCCAAUCUCAAGUGGUGAGAAAGAUGGAAAAGGCACAUCAGCUGAGGGGUUGACACUUCAGGCAUCUUAUAAUCCACGACACAGAGAGCCUUCUUACUGUAAUGCAGACCAUGCCAGUUGGUGGGAGCUUACUGCACUGGCCUUACAUGUGCACCCAUCGGUAUCUACUAUGGCUAGGACAUUGCUAUCUGGUAACAAUAUCGUUUAUAGUGGUGAUCCAUUGACAGACCUAUCACUCCCUGCUUUCCUUGACAAAUUCAUGGAGAAGAAACCAAAAGGAAACCGCAUCGCUGAAGGGAAAUGGCAUGGUGGAUCCCAAAUUGCACCAGCUAAAAAGCUUGAUCAAAGUCAUCAUCUCAUUGGAGAAGAGCUACUAGAACUGGUAGAAAAGGAAGUUCCUCCUGAAGAUGUUGUUUUCCAUCGUUUCUACAUGAACAAGACUGGCCCUAUUAAACCUAAAGCAAAGAAGAAAACCGCGGUUCUGGAUGAAGAUACUGGAGAGCUCUUUGCUGAUGAUGUAGAUGAUGCUAGUGAUGAAAGUGAUGAUGAAAUGCAGGAGCUGGGAAUUGGGUCGAUAGAAGAUGGAGAAUAUGAUUAUGAUAAUCUGGAUGCAACCACAUUUGAGGAGGAAGGGGAUUUGCUUAGAUAUGACAGUGAUGUUGAGUUGCAUGACAUUUCAGAUGAUAUCUCUUCUGGAGCAGAUUCUGAUACUGAAGCCCUUGAAGGUGCUAACCAUUCAGAUGGCAAUGACAGUGAUGGAGAGGAGCCAGUCCAGGGGCAAAAGAGGAAACAUGGUGCAAAGAGUGGAGCAUCGCCAUUUGCAAAACUAGAAGACUAUGAACAUCUCAUGGAUGGGGAAGCGGAAAAGCCAACGUUUAAGAAGGGGCGGAAGCACAGGGUAACCAGAGACAGCAAGGAGAAGAGAAAAGGUCUGAGCAGCAAGGAGAAAUCAGGAUCACGAAAGAAAAGGUCGAAGAGAUCAGAAUGAGAUAAACAUUUUUACCAUUUUCAUGUUUAUCGUAAUCGCAAUGAUGGUUAUGAAAUUUUUGUAGCUUAUAGUUUCGGUGUUUGUAUCCUUCGCCCACCUUUUUCAUUUGGACACGUUCCUGAUGAAUAUUACACUAAGAAAUCACUUGGAGAUUAGGGACAGAUCAACGGGGCUGGCUUCUCCCUAUCUCCCCUGUAAUCUUCAGAACCUGAAGAUGGACCAAGGCGUUCCAGACUCUUCAGACAGGUGGUAUGGUGAUAGUAGUGCGUGUGGCCUGUUGAUAUGCUAUAUAAUCCAAGAAUAUUUCGGCUUUUUCAA